AUGGCCGAGAGCUGUGAAGUACUACAUUCCUUCUCCUGCUCCAUAUGCCUGGAUGUUUUGAAGAAUCCCGUGACUCUUCACUGUGGCCACAGCUACUGUAUGGACUGUAUAAAUGGCUGCUUCGACCAGGAGGAUCAGAGUGGUAUUUACAGCUGCCCACAGUGCAGACACACUUUCAACCCAAGACCCGUCCUCAAGAAAAACACAGUGCUGGUUGAUUUGAUGGUAAAAAUGUCUGUGAGAGCACAAUCCAACAUGCGAGUAAAGGAUGAAGCUAGACCAGGGGAUGUGGAGUGUGAUUUCUGCACUGUGAGGAAGCUGAAAGCUGUUAAGUCUUGCCUGGUAUGUCUGGCAUCUUACUGUGCCACUCACUUGCAACCUCACUAUAAGUCUGCUGCGUUUAAGAGGCACAAGUUGGUCGAAGUGUCAGCUUCCAUACAAGAGAAGAUCUGCUACUGUCGCAGUGAUGGGCAGUGCGUUUGUCUCCUUUGUGUGAUGGACGAACAUAAAGGCCAUGACACUGUCUCGGCUGCAGCAGAGAGAAAAGAUAAGCAGAAACAACUUGGAAAGAAGAAACAAAUAAUCCAGCAAGGCAUUCAAGAAAAAGAGAAGCAGCUCCGGCAACUAAGACAGAAAACUAAAGGACUGAAGGCUUCAAGUGAUGCAGCAGUUGCUCAAAAUGAGAAAGCCUAUGCUGAGAUUGUUCUGAAGGCAGACAAAAGGCGCUAUGCCGUGAACGAUCUGAUCAGAGAUCAGGAGAAGGCCGCGUUGAGUCGCGCUGGGGAGCUUGUGGAUCGGCUGGAGAAGGAAAUCAGUGAGCUGAGGAAGCGAGAGGACCAACUGAAGCAGCUGUCGCUCACUGAAGAUCACAUUAAUUUCCUGCAGCACUGCCAGACCAUUUUUGACUGUACAGAACCUGAUCUGUCUUCUGAUGUGAACAUCCAACUGCACACACCUUUCGACUUUGUCACAAAAGCUAUUUCUGACUUGAGAGACAAAAUGGAAAGCGUGGCCAAGAGCAUUGCACAAAUAUCUGAGACAAUUGAAGUUGAUCCUGAUCCCAAGACAAGAGAGGAGUUUUCUAUGUAUUCCUGCUGCAUAACAUUGGAUCCCAACACAGCAUUUGAAAACCUGUUGCUCUCUGAUGGAAACACCAAAGUAACCUGGGCUAAAAAAACCCAGAGGUACCCUUACCACCCAGAUAGAUUUACCAAAUAUGAUCAAGUGUUGUGCACUGAGGGUUUAUCUGGUGUUUGCUACUGGGAGGUUGAAUGGAAAGGGCCACGGGUUGAGAUAGCCCUGUGCUAUAAAGGAACAGAGCUGGAAGAAAGUGGCUUCGGCUACACCGACCAGUCCUGGUGCAUUUCUCUUUCUAGUUCCUGUUGCGCUUUUUGGCACAAUGAAGUCAAAACUAGAAUACCCGUCCCCUGUUCCUCUACAGUGGGAGUGUAUUUGAACCACAAGGGAGGGAGCCUGUCGUUCUACAGCGUGUCUGAUUCUGGUCAAAUGGUGCUCGUUCACAGAGUUCAGACCACAUUCUCCCAGCCUCUGUACCCUGGGUUCAUGGUCUCCAGAGGAGCCUCAGUUAGGAUAAUCACACCAGAGUAAAGCGACAUCAGAAGCACCAGAAUUACAUCAGGUGUAUCAGUACA